CUACAAUCCGAUGCAACAGAGUUAUGUAUUGUUCUCAUAGUCCAUCCGUUAUAUUUUUGGCUUUCAAGGCUAGCUGACUUCAGUUUGAUUAUAAAUUCAUCUACAGCAGCACAGACAGGCAAUGGCAGCAUGGGUGGCAUGAGAGGAAGGAUGGGAAUCAGCUACUUGCAUUCGCAUGGAGGAGGCAACAUCGAUGCGAUGGCACGACAGAGGAGGUUGGGCUCGUUGUGGAGCUUCUUGAGGCAGCAGGACGUCGGCGAGAGCAUCGCUGCCGGCAACGGCUCGAGAGACCUCUUGAGGAUCUUCUCCAUGAGCACCUGGGACGACACCAACUCCAACAUCAUGUUCUCAGCGCCUGACAGCAAGAAGGCCGAGGUGCUCGGCGACAGCAAUGUCUGCAUGGUCACCAGCUUCAGCAACAUCGACGCCCAGAUUCAGUUAGCCCUCUCGAGUUGGACAUGCCCAGCAUGGACGACUACCUGCAGCUGCAGUAGGACUCCGCCGACUGCAGAGUCCACGCCAAGCGUGGCUGCACAACUGACCCAUAGAACAUCGCUUGGGAGGGAAAGAAGAACAAGGAUCAAUAAGAGGCUAAGGAGGCUGCAAGACCUCAUUCCCUACAUGGACAAGGUCACAAGAACUGAAUAUACACAUAGAAGAAACUUAAGAGCCAAUAUUAGUGCUAAAGGAUUACUCUGAUUGCCGAUCUAUGUUGUCACGGCAAUACACAUUCAUGAAAUAUGUGACCAACUUCCCCAAGGUCCCACAUUGUCUACUCAGGAUAUUCUGUGUCCCAAGCCCUAUAGAAUAAUGUCCAGUCUAAUUUCAGUAGUGGGCAUGACAGCCUCAUACUUCUCUCUUCAAUAUUGAAGAAGCGGCUUACUCGGAUCAAUGGGCAUGCACUUAGAAAAAUAGCUAAAGUGUACGAGAUAUUCCUAGAGUAAAUAAAGGGCAUGGUGUGCUCAUAAGUUAGACAGAAGCAAAAUGUUAUUUAUUAUGCUCCUGAUGUAUCCUCAGACAUUUUCUUCCACCUACCAAUACCUCAGUAUUGAAUAUCUACUUUCCCAUCGUCGUAAACUGAUGUUAGUAUUUGUGCA